AUGUGGGCAGCAGCUCAGCUCCUCUCGAGACCUCUAUCUCCGUUUGGUUUGGUUGUGAUCCCCUGGAAGGGAGAAUUCCUUCGGCCUUGCCAUACUUUCACUCCUUUAAUGUGGAUAUCCUUGGCUGUUGACGAUCGCUCUUCCCUCGCAACCAUUGAUCCUGUGCCGGAUAACAAGAUAUCCUCUAUACAUCAACUGGUCCGUGUCUGUUCUUUUGCACUUGUUUUCUACAAAGCAGCAUAG